AUGCCUCAGUUUUUUGUGAGUAAUGGUGGUGACGAGGUUCCCCUGGUGGAGGCGCUACUUGCUCCAGUGAGAGUCGAAGCUGCCUCUCCGUCUAAGGGGUCGGGUGCGCCUAGCUUCCAUGUCGUCUCCCAUCGUUGGUCCGUUGUUGCAGAUUCUUCCCUUGGAGAGGAUGUUGGUGGUGAUAGUAUUGGCCGACACUUACGUGAGUUUACACUUGGGAUUCGCCGCGUGAAGGCCGUGUGUGUGGCUGUUGGUGUGGAGAGGGGAAAACAGGCGGUGUUGGUGUUGUCCUCUGGUAGCGGCUCCGGCCCAUCCGAAUCGGGCGUUGUGGCUCGGUUUACUGACGCCAUGCACGCUGCCAUUAGGGCUUUCGCUGAGACAGACUUCGCAUCUUAUCUCAGGCUGGGAGAGCUUGGUCUUGCUAAUAUCUGCCAAUUGUGUUCUGAGAAUGAGGAGGUUGUUCCAGACGAUGACGUUGAGGGCAGCAUGUGA